AUGGCUUUAAUUGAAGUCCUGCAUAGACGUGCAACAAAAUUGGGUUUGUUACCUAAAGUUAUUGGGAAGUUAUCAAUUGUAUCAAACAUUUUAGUAUUAAUAAGUAUUGGUUUGAUCUUGUGUUUACCGCUUGAUGGUCAAUAUAGAAGAACCUAUAUAUCAGAGAAUGCACUAUUACCAUCUCAAGCAUAUAGUUAUUUCAGAGAGAGUGAAUGGAAUAUUUUAAGAGGAUAUCGUACUGCUAUCGAAGCCUUGAUUGAUAAACCAGCUAGAGUUAGAAAUGAAGUGAUAAGUUCAUGGCUUACUGAUUUUGGUAUGAAACAUGCUGUAUAUGAUAACGCUGCUGACGGUGACACAUUAUAUGGUGUAUAUAACUCUCAGAGAGGUGAUGGUACUGAGGCAAUCGUUUUAGCUGUCCCUUGGUAUAACACAGACAACGAAGUUAAUAUUGGUGGUGCUGCAUUAGGUAUAUCCCUAAGUAGAUAUUUUUCUCGUUGGCCAAUAUGGUCUAAGAAUAUCAUUUUAGUCAUUUCAGAAAAUCCACAUAAAGCCAUGAAAUCUUGGGUCGAUGCCUAUCAUAAUUCUCUGGAUUUGACCGGUGGUUCCUUAGAGGCAGCAAUAGUCUUAGAUUUUCCUUCAAAAUCUGAGUAUUUUGAAUUUGUAGAACUAUAUUUCAAUGGUAUUAAUGGUGAACUUCCAAAUUUAGAUAUUGUAAAUGUGGCAAUAUCUGUUAUUGAACAUGAAGGUGUUAAGGUUUCGUUACAAGGUUUAAAUUUGAGUGAAAUGUAUACUUCAUCCUAUUUUAACAGAUUGAAAACAUUAUUAUUUGGUGUGAAAAAUUCAGCUUUAUCUGGUACUAGAAAACUGUACGGCAACGAGGCAUUUAGUGGCAGAAGAAUUCAAGCUUUGACUUUAAAGGCCUGUGGUACUGAGGGGCAUGAUAUAACUACUUUUGGUCGUAUACCAGAAGCUAUCUUCAGAUCAGUUAAUAAUUUAUUAGAGAAAUUUCACCAGUCCUUUUUCUUUUAUUUCUUAGUUGCACCAAGGCAUUUUGUUUCCAUUGGUAGCUACUUACCUUCAGCCGUGUGCCUUUCAAUUUCAUUUGGGAUUUCAGCAGCUCAUUCAUAUAUCAACAAUCAAUACAUUACUGUACCCUUAUCAGAUAAUUCUAGUAUUUUGGCUUUAAUCAUUUUUUUCGGUUCAAUAGCCAUUUCAUUUAUAUUUCUACAAAUAAAUGAAACCUUUUUACAGCCUCAUUUGAUGAUUUUAGCGUUUCUGUUAAUCUCAUUUUUACCUUUGACAAAUAUUCCUCAACCAUUAAUAACUAUUCAACCAUGUUUGUCUUAUAGACUAAAAUCAUUUGCUUUUAUAUAUAUCAGUUUGGUGUUGACCUCCUUACUAGUUAUGAACUUUGCCUUGGCAUUUGGAAUGGGUUUACUAGCAUUCCCAUUGACUUUCACUAAAAGUUGUUCCGAGAUGAUUACAUUUAAAUCCAAGGUUAUCAAUUGUUUUUACUUAGCUAUUAGUAAUCCUUUCAUUGCAAUAUUCAUAUUUGUUUCAAUCUUUGAAGAUGAUAUAACAAAUUUUGAAGUGUUUAGUGAUUUAAUUAGUUCGUUCAAGUACAUGGGUAAUUGGACCUGGGCAAUUACAUGCAUAGGCUGGUUUACUACUUGGCAAAUGGUAUACAUUGCCAAUUUGGACACUCCUCGAUCGGCACUCGAUGGAGACACUAAAAAAAAUUUAUAA